CUGGCGGGCGGCGCGGCGGCGGUGCCGGCCCCCGGCCCUGACUCCGGCGGCGGCGAACGGGAACGGGCUCCGCGCUGGCCGCGCCCUCUGCCCCGCUGCGGGGCAAGCCGGACGGGCCAGGGACAGAGAGGGAGCGGCGCACACCGAGUUCGGGAGGAAGCUGCGGGGACCGGAGCCUUGUCCCGGCCUCCGCGGGAGGCCAGAGGGAGGCGGGGGCCCAGCGAGGAAAGCGAGGAUAAAUGGGUGUGUAUGACUUUUCCCCUGACCUAAGGCGGUUCCAUGUCUUGUUUGGACUGCUCCUGUAUUCUGCGUACACCAGUUGAAUCAAUCAGACCAGAAGAGCUAUCUCAGAGCAGCAUCCAUGAAUGCCUGGCUGAUUCUGAUCUAGCCUGGGUUCCCCCAUCUACAGGAAAAAAUGAAAUGGUAUUUUGCUCUUCUAAUGUCUCUCACUAUGAACUCCAGCUGAAAAUAGGAAGAAGGUUCAACAAUUUAACUUCAGUCUACCUUGCACGGCAUACACCUACAGACAGGCAAGUUGCUGUAAGGAUCACAGAUCUUGAAAAUUGCUCUGAAGAGCACUUGAAAGCCUUACAGAAUGAGGUGGUUUUAUCACACUUUUUCCAGCAUCCCAACAUAAUGACAUUUUGGACAGUGUUUACAGCUGGAAGCUGGCUUUGGGUCAUCUCCCCAUUCAUGGCCUAUGGUUCAGCUAGACACCUGCUGAAGACUUACUUUCCUGAAGGAAUGAGCGAAGCUUUGAUAGGGAACAUUCUGUUUGGUGCAAUCAGAGGAUUAAAUUACAUGCACCAGAAUGGAUAUAUUCACAGGAAUAUUAAAGCUAGCCACAUUCUGAUUUCAGAGGAUGGGCUGGUUUCUCUCUCUGGCCUAAACAACCUCUACAGUUUAGUUAGCAAUGGACAGAAGUCAAAGGUGGUGUAUGAUUUCCCCCAGUUUAGUACAUCUGUGCUUCCUUGGCUAAGUCCUGAACUACUGAGACAGGAUUUGUCUGGCUAUAACAUGAAGUCUGAUAUUUACAGUGUGGGAAUUACAGCAUGUGAAUUAGCCAACGGACACGUUCCGUUUCAAGAUAUGCCUCGCACUCAGAUGCUGCUGCAAAAGCUGAAAGGUCCCACCUACUGUCCUUGGGAUAUAAAUACCUUUCCCCGGGGGGAAUCCAGGAUGAAAAAUUCUCGAUCAGGUGUUGAUUCUGGAAUUGGUGAGAGUAUGACACGCACAAUGACCAGUGAAAGACUUCAAAUGCCCUUUUCCAAAACAUUUUCACCUGCAUUCCACAACUUGGUGGAACUUUGCUUGCAACAGGACCCUGAGAAAAGGCCAUCAGCAAGCAGUUUGCUUUCGCAUACGUUCUUCAAACAGAUAAAGGAACAAACAGAGAAUUCACUACUGUCCCUAUUACCACCUCCUAUUCAAAAUAACAGGUCAGAGUUCUUGGCACUGCCCUCAACAGCAGUUGGGGCUGAACUUGGACAUAUUGCCACAAAUCAAGAUGAUACAGACUGGGAAUUCUAAAUAAAUACCAAUGAUACCUCUCCAGUGUUUCAGAGAAGGAAAAUGUGAUUUGUAUUUGCUGCUUUUGUAUGGUUAAAAUACAGUUAGACCAAGUAUACUUGAAAUGCCAUGAAGUGGCUAUAAUUCAUUAACUUCCUCUUGGCAUCACAAAAUGCAGUGUGCCUCACUCUGACUGUAAGGAAAAUUGUGUGUAAAGAAUGGCUGAGUGCUCACCUCUCUCUUUCAAAGCCUUUCUUAACAAGAGAACCUCUGCUGUAAUCUUACUCUGUACUGUAUUAUCAGCUCAUAGUGCUGCAGGCCACAUGCCUUUCUGAUUCAGGCCAGGGGUUUGUCUGUGAUCUUACCUAAACAUCUAUUUGUCUUUUCAUUAUGACCCAAAUCAUUUUAGUAAGGAGAAAUCUUCCACCUCCAAGUUGAAAUGUGAAGCUGCACAAAUUUGUUGCUUAUGUAAAUAAAUGUUUCUCUCUCAAAAGACAUUUUUCUCACUUGAUACACUGUCAUAUUUGCCAAAGGUUAGCUAUGCACCAUUUUUCAUGUAGUUUUAAUACUGUGUGUUGCCCAAAGAAGUUAAGCUGCUUGGAAGUGGGACUCCUGCUCUUGCAUCUGUUCACAUUCUUAGUACAAAUCUGGGGUUUUGCUCCUCUAUUUAUUGUUGUGUCAUUUUAGCAGUUAAUCUGAGGAUGUCUCACUAUGCAAAGUAAGUCUUGAGUUCUAGCAGGUAUGGGUUAAUUUUGAAGAGUCAAAUAAUCUAAAGUUAUUGUACAUAUUUUUAUUUAUACUGUAUUCCUGUUCACCACCAGAAUUUACCAGAACCUAAUACUGUUUCUCAGAAGAAAAGGCAACAUGCAUUAAGCUUCACUGGCAUUGCUGCUGGCAAACAAGCCUCUUCUGCAAGGCACAGUUAAAUUCCCCUGGAUCAAUUCAGCCGUACUAAGAAACUAAUAGAUCCUAGUGAAUUUGCCUGUUCUAAGUCAGAUGAAAAGCUGUCUUCUCCCUACAAUUCAGUAAAUUCUCAUCUCUCAUACUGUACCAGGCAACUCAAACUGAAUAAAAGCAGCUUUUUUUAAAAAAAAAAAUGGAUAUUCUCAUCAUGUUGUAGCAAAAGUUGUGUCCCAAAGCCACUAGUACUUUCCUGAUGGAAGCAUGAUGAUAGUAAAAAAGUAUAAAUAGAUAUUGGAUGGAUAUAUUUUAAGUUUUCAACAUAAACAACAUUCCACAUAAGUCUUCAAGUCUUCCAUAGCUGAGCAGACCGGUAGGUGACUUUGAGAAUACUGCCAGUAUUGCCAGCAGCUUUGCUACAAGGUCUUGAAGACCAAAUGACUGAAAUACAAGCCUGAGAGACACAUGAAAUUCUAAAUGACUACAUAAAACUAUCAAAAAAAAAGGUUGAUUCUACGCAUUAUGCUGUGAAGAGAGCUCUAUAUUUCUAAACUUAACAUGUUUAACUUGAGAUUAAAGACUUGUCAAUAAACUUAUAAACAAAUAACUUCCAUUUAUAUCUAUAAUACUUGGACUUCUGUUUUCACCAUAGUCCAGCCAUACUUGUUAUUACAAGCUACUUGUUAUUACAGGAAAAUUACAUACUUGUUAUAACAGCUACUUGUUAUUACAGGGAAAAAAAACCCCAUAUUUAUGUCAAUCAUUAGGUAAGGAAAUAGUUGUGAAAACUAGAAAAUUAUUCUGAUUAAAAAAUAUUAAUAACAUAAUUAUGUACUCUUGGAGAAGACACUAUUUUCAUGUGAAGCCCACGUUCUUAAUUCUUAACCAUUACAGAUUUGGAUUUUUGCAAGUCAAUUACAUUAGAUAAUAUCUACAAGUAACUUUUGAUUAACAGUACAUGUAGAAACCAAGUCAAGUAAGUGAGAACACACAUGAAGUUCUACAUAUUUUAAUUGCAGAUCUCUGAAUAAACAUUAAUACUGUUAAAACCAGUAGAAAAUUCCAGACAGCUUGACUGCUAGUAUUUGCAAGCUUCUCUUGCAACAAAUGUCGUGGACUCUAUAAAAUUGAACUUGCAUACUAAUAACAAUGUCAAUAUAAAGUUAUUCAAACCACUUCGUGUUCCAGUGGAGUUACUUUGCUGCCCUCUAUGUGAAAAAAAUCAAAAAACAUUUCUCAAUACUGUUCCAAUUUCUGUACUAACAUUAAGGAGAAAAUCAAAUAGAAUUUUUUUUAAGUUUUAAGUUAAAAGCUUACAAGUCUUUACUCUUAGAGCUUCUCAACAACUGUGUCUCUUCAAACAAAAGAAAUUAAGAGGCACUGUGAUUUCUUAAAAUAACCAGAAAUACUUGAAAAUACUUGAGAUAGGAUGAAGGAAAGAAUAUUAAGUUUAAACAGGUGCCUGUGGAAACCUCCAUAAUGCCCAGAUGAAAACAACUACUUCUACUCUAUAAAUUAGUUCUAUAUAUGUUUAUUUCUUAUCUGAAAGUCACAGAAACUUCUGGAAAAAUGCCCCAAAAGCCCAUGUGAUGUUAGCUGCAAUUGAGUGGUGGUUUUAUUUUUAGAUAUAAUUAUAGAAUAGACCAUUACUACUGGAUUUACCUACAUAGCCAUACUGUUUCAGACUUUGUUCUUACUCUUUUACUGUGGGACUUUUAAACAAUUUAAAAUUUGCAGGGUUUUUUGUUUGUUUGUUUUUAUUUUCUUUUUUCAAAAGUGGUUGUUGGUUGGUUUGUUUUGGGAUAUUUGGGGGGUUGUCUUGCAUUUUGAUUUGAGUUUGUUUGUUGCAGUGGGGAGUGGAGAGGGUCCACCCCCACCUCCAAAGUACAUUAAUCUGUUUAUUUUCACUAUGGGGAUUAACUAUUACAUCUGGCAUGUUUAUCCACGAAAGGAUCUUGCUUUUUGUCUCUGUAUCACUGUUUGAGGCCUGCCUGUGUCCAUCUGAAUCGCCGUGCUCUCGUGGCUGUUUUACUGAAUACCGUACGGUGAAACUGUACAGGGAAUUCUCAGCUAGAGAGGCCUCUACAACUUCUACAGGUCGAAGGAUAGGUUACAUCAAUUUCAAAUACAAUAUUAUUAAAGCGAACAGCUCGGUUCGUGUGUAGGA